AUGCAAGGAAAAAAGUAUCCCUUCUUGGAUUCUGACGUUUCUCAAAUUUUUGAUGAAUUGCUUGAGUUAAAGCUCAUUGACUUGCCAGAGAUGAAGCGACCCGAUGAAGCUGGAAAAACUGAUGACCCAAAUUAUUGCAAGUAUCACAGACUUGUGAGUCAUCCUCUUGAAAAAUGCUUUGUCUUUAAGGAUAGAGUGAUGCGAUUGGCUAACGAAAAUAAAAUUAUCCUUGAUGAUGAGAAAGCUAGUUCUAACCAGACCCCUAUCACGUUUGGGUCACUGGAUCCGGUCCAAAUAUAUAUCUCUGAAAAGCAUGAAGAAGAGCCAGUAGAACAGGAUGUUGACAUAGAUGGUGAGGAGGGUUGGAUUCUUGUAACUAGGCGAAGACGCAACAAGUCAAGCUUACGAAAAGAAUUAUCCGAGAAACCGGUUAGAGAAAAAAUGGUGAAGAAAUCACAGAAGCAAAAAUCAAUCAAGUGCCCCAAAAGGGCAAAGGUUGAAGUGCAUCACUACCAAAAACCUCGACGUCUUGUGACUCUAGGGGAAUUCUUGCCAAGCUCGUUCGACUCAAAGUCUACUCUAGGCAAUGUCGAGGCAUCAUGUUUCAAUGUGGAUAAAGAACAAACAAUGAAGGUGCCUCCUACUGUAAAAGAAGGAACAACGAGUGAAUCCUCACCAAAAGUGUCUAUUGGGGAAGAAGAAGAAGAAACAAGAGAAAUCUCAGAAAUGAUGUCUCUUUCAUCUUCUGAAAAAUCUAUUGAACUUUCUUCCCAAGAAGCAUAUGUCUGUGAUACUAAAAUCACAUUUACAGAUAACGAUCUUCUAUUUGGUGAAACACUACACAAUCGUCCUUUGUAUAUGGUGGGUCAUGUGCUAGAGAAGAAGAUAAAUAGAAUCUUAAUAGAUGAAGGAUCUGGAGUCAACAUUUUGCCUAUCCACACAUUGAAGGAACUUGGCAUCACGACUGGAGAACUUAGUGAAAGUCGUCUGUUGAUACAAGGAUUUAAUCAAGGUGGACAGAGGCCCAUAGGCUCUAUUAAAUUAGAGAUCCACAUGGGAGAUUUGCGAUCAAGCGCAUGGAUGCAUGUGAUUGACGCAAAGACAUCAUACAACAUAUUACUUGGCAGGCCUUGGGUACAUGAGAAUAGAAUUGUCUCAUCUUCUUACUAUCAAUGUUUGAAAUAUCUUGAAGGUGGAAUUGAAAGAAAGAUAGUUGCAGAUGAUAAUCCUUUCACCGAAGUGGAGACACACUUUGCGGAUGCGAAAUUCUAUAUGAGAAGUUAUGUUGUUAAAGGGGUCAAAUCCAAUGACGUCAAAUCAAUCAAGAUUGAUAAUCUCGUAAGUAAAAGAAUUGAUGCAGCUAUCGAAAAGGUAAAAAUUGACACUAAAGAUUCUUGUCCCAUUCUUAAUGAAGGGAAGAUCCUGUCUUCAAAGAAGAAGCAGACUUCUAGGCUUUGCUAUGUUCCAAAAGAGAAGAAAAAGCAAGAUCAACCAUCUAACCUUGAAGAAAAUGCAUUAAGAGGGCUAACUCUUCCUAUCAGACGGAUUGAUGCAAUAAACUUGUCUGCAAAGUUGCUAGAAAAGUCUGUCGCUCAAGAUCAAGUGCUAGAUAUGGCUCUCCCUACAAAGCGCACAAGAGAAGGUUUUGAUCCCAAUGCCUACAAGUUAUUUGUGAAGGCAGGAUACAACCCUAGCGAGCCAUCAGCGCUAGGGAAACUCCCAUCAGAAGAUACAACUAGGAAAGCGCUUGAAGGCCUAGGUUAUAGCCAACCGCCGCCAAUUCGCAUUUCCAUAAAAAGGGCCAGUAAUAAUCAUAUAACUUUUGAAGAUGACGUCACUGCUCCCAAUAAAAGGCCUUCUGUCUUUGAUCGACUUGGAGAAGCGACAACAAGAAUUUCUGUGUUUAAGAGGUUAGGUCCUCUGAAGAAGAAUAACAAGAACCUGAGAAGUUAUUUGAAAGUUACUAAGCCUACUUCACAUUUGAUUCGAAAAGAUUUCAGAAGUUUGAUUCCUUCUAGGAUGAGGCGACGAGUGGAACUUAUGGUUUCCUGUAAAGAGGAACUCAAGGCAAAGGUUCAUACUGUGGUUUACACCAAAGAGCGCGAGGAAGAUGAAGAAAGUGUAGGUUCCUCCAAUCAUGUUACAAUCCAAAAUGACUACGAUUCUUUGCCUCAAAAGAAAAUUGUGGAAGAGGUAGAAAAUAUUGUCUCGUGUUGUCAUAUAUCAGUCAAUGACAAUGAUCCUGUGGAAGAGGAAGAUGCUAUAGAUGCUCCACCAGAACUUGAAGAAGGAGUAAAGAUCACAAUAGAUCCUUUGAAGGAAGUUAACCUUGGCACUGAUGAAAAUCCGAAGCCAACUUACUUGAGUGCGUUUCUAGAAAUUGAUGAAGAAGUUGCUUACAUGAAUAUACUCAAAGAAUAUAGAGAUAUAUUCGCUUGGAGUUACAAAGAAAUGCCUGGAUUGAAUCCUAGAGUAGCGGCAGGCUUUAUUCGUGAGGUCAAAUAUCCUACAUGGAUUUCAAGUAUUGUUCAUGUGAGGAAGAAGAAUGGUCAAAUUCGAGUUUGUGUUGACUUUAGAGAUUUCAAUAAUGCAUGCCCUAAAGAUGAGUUUCCUCUUCCCAUUCCAGAGUUGAUGAUUGAUGCCACCACUGGUUAUGAGGCAAUGUCGUUCGUGGAUGGUUCUUCUGGAUAUAAUCAAAUCCGCAUGUCACCAAAAGAUGAAGAACUCACUGCAUUUUGCACGCCAAAAGGUAUUUAUUGCUACAAAGUGAUGCCAUUUGGUUUAAAGAAUGCUGGCGCCACAUAUCAAAGGGCUAUGCAAAAUAUCUUUGACGACUUGCUCCAUAAAAAUGUUGAAUGUUAUGUUGAUGAUUUGGUAGUAAAGUCGAGGAAGAGGGGUGAUCAUUUGAAAGACUUAAGAAUGGUGUUUGAGUUACUCCGAAGAUAUCAACUAAGGAUGAAUCCAUUGAAAUGUGCCUUCUGA